UCCUUUCCUUUCCUUUCCUUCUAUAUUUUCUUUCCCUCUACUUUUCCUUCGUCUACACCAAUUGUUGAUCUCUACGGGUUUAACAAAGGUCUGAGCUUUUUGAGAAUGGCGGAGGACUCAGUUCCAUGGAAGACUCUACACAGCAGAGAGUACCAAGGUCACAAGAAAAAGGUUCAUUCCGUGGCUUGGAAUUGCACCGGAACUAAGCUCGCCUCCGGUUCCGUUGAUCAAACUGCUAGGGUUUGGCAUAUCGAACCCCAUGGCCAUGGUAAAGCUAAAGAUAUUGAGCUAAAGGGACACACUGAUAGUGUGGAUCAAUUAUGUUGGGAUCCCAAACAUGCUGAAUUAAUUGCAACUGCUUCAGGAGAUAAGACUGUCCGUCUAUGGGAUGCUCGUAGUGGGAAAUGCUCACAACAGGCAGAACUUAGCGGGGAGAACAUUAACAUCACUUACAAACCUGAUGGCACGCACAUAGCUGUUGGCAAUAGGGAUGAUGAAUUAACGAUUUUGGAUGUUCGAAAAUUUAAGUCAAUUCAUAAGCGCAAGUUUAAUUAUGAGGUAAAUGAGAUAGCUUGGAACAUGAAGGGUGAUAUGUUCUUUCUAACAACUGGAAACGGUACUGUCGAAGUUCUAUCAUACCCAUCUCUUCGACCACUUGACACUCUUAUGGCCCAUACAGCCGGUUGUUAUUGCAUUGCAAUUGACCCAACCGGAAGAUAUUUCGCGGUUGGAAGUGCUGAUUCUUUAGUCAGUUUGUGGGAUAUCUCGGAAAUGCUUUGUGUGAGAACAUUUACGAAACUCGAAUGGCCUGUAAGGACAAUAAGCUUCAACCAUACCGGUGAAUAUAUUGCUUCAGCUAGCGAGGACUUGUUCAUCGACAUAUCAAACGCUCAAACUGGAAAAACAGUCCAUCAAAUUCCUUGUCGGGCCGCCAUGAAUAGCGUCGAGUGGAAUCCCAAGUACAAUUUACUCGCAUAUGCAGGAGAUGACAAGAACAAAUAUCAAGCUGAUGAAGGUGUUUUUCGAAUUUUCGGGUUUGAAAGUGGUGCCUGAGAGAAAUUACUCGAUUCUCGGAGCCCUUUCCGGUGGCCUUUACUCAAACCUUUAAAACACUUUUUCUGUUGGAAAUUGGGGUUGUUUGUUAAUGACCAACAUGAUUAUUUACAUAUUAUUAUUUUAAUUUAGUUUUUGUUGUUGUUUAAUUAACAUUAAUGAGGAUGAGAUUAAUCAAUCAAUGUAAAGUAAAAUUUAAUAGUAAAGUGUACAUUCUCAACAUGCUCAUACAUUGGCAAAGUUUUAUAAUGUAUAAUUCAAAGUCAAUAAUAAACUCAUUUGUUAGUAACU